AGGAAGCUGCGGGUGGGUAUGUACAGUCAGCAUUUCGACGACAUCCUCAACUUCGACAAGACACCCGUGCAGUACUUGGUGGAUAAGUACCAGCUCAAGUACCAAGAAGUGCGCAACAAGCUCGGCAAGUUUGGCCUGGAAGGACACGCGCACACGAUCCCUAUCAAGGACUUGAGUGGGGGGCAGAAGGCCCGUGUGGUGUUUGUAGAUCUUUCGUUUAAGGAGUGCCACAUCUUGUUCCUGGAUGAACCUACCAAUCACUUGGACAUUGAGUCAAUUGACGCGCUGAUCCACGCAAUCAACGAGUUCGAGGGUGGAGUAAUCUGUGUUACUCACGAUGCCCGUCUUAUUCAG